AUGCCCGCCUCCACUGUUACCAAGCUUAACACUGGUGCUGAGAUGCCCACUCUCGGUCUCGGUACCUGGAAGUCCCAGCCCGGUGCUGUCGAGCACGCCGUAGAGACUGCUCUUAAGGCCGGAUACAAGCAUAUCGAUACCGCUGCAGCAUACGGCAACGAAGCUGAGGUCGGCCACGGUAUCAAAGCCUCUGGUGUUCCCCGCUCCUCCUUCUUCCUGACCACCAAGCUCAACAACAAUGACCAUACUCGUGCCUAUGCCGCACUUGAGGAGUCUCUCGCCAAGCUUGAGACGGACUACCUCGACCUCUGGUUGAUGCACUGGCCCGCUCCGAUGACCAAGGACUUGUCCGGUGCUGACAGGACCAUCAACUGGAUUGAUACAUGGAAGGAGAUGGAGAAGAUCUACAAGGCGCACCCGGAGAAGGUCAAGGCUAUUGGUGUCUCCAAUGUGUCGCCUGCUUUCCUUGAGCUCCUCCUCAAAGAGGCUACUGUCAUCCCCGCCGUGAACCAGAUCGAGCGCCACCCAUCUUGCCUCCAAACCGACGUGCUUGAGGCCUGCAAAAAGAACGGCAUCGUCGUCACCGCCUACUCCCCCCUCGGCUCCGACAACUCCCCUCUGCACGAGAACGCGGUCAUCAAGAAGAUCGCGGACAAAUACUCCGUUACUCCCGCAAACGUCCUCAUCUCGUUCCAGGCUAACACCCCCAACGUUAACGUCCUCGCGAAGUCGGUCACCCCCGCCCGUAUCGAGGCCAACCUGAAAGUCAUCGACCUUACCGAGGAGGAGAUGAAGGAGCUCGAAGCCAUUGACAAGGCGCACCACUUCCGUGUCUGCGCACCUGACUGGACUGGCUGGGGAUCCCUUGGUUUCGUCGACUGCUGAGCAUGAUAUGUUUCAUUCGGGAUCAUUUGCUUCGAUUGCUAGUGAGCGCAAGACAAAAGAUGAAGUUCACGUGGAUGUAUGAAUCAUUUAUCAGUAUGUGAAGAAUAGUUGAAUAGGUAUACAUGUAUGUAUGUGCAUAUGUAGACCCGAUAAACGUAUGCUUUGACUCGAGA